CUCUCUCUGCUUUCUGAGCACCUGUGCUUGCUAGCCCUCUCUCCUGCAAACAUACUGCCUACUGAGACCACCCUUUUGCUCCCACAACGCCCUAUUCUCCACUGCCAGAGCGACUCGCAAUGGACAGCACUGUGAAGACGCACUGAUCUCUCUCACGGCUCGACCACUUGAAUGAAAUCACUGCUGACAAGCAGUCUCAACACAGAACCGAGAGAGAGAGAGAGAGAGACAGAGAGAGAGAGCAAGGGAGAGCGAGAUAGAGAGAGCUCUGUGGACUAUCCCUCGCACACAGAAACAGGGUUUUGAACCUGCAAACCAAGGAGCUUCUGUCACAUCUCUAGUUGCUCUACAUCUAGAAUAGCCAAGAUGGAAGAAGAUAUGGAUGAGGGGCAGACUCAGAAAGGAUGCCUGGAGUGCUGCAUCAAAUGCCUGGGCGGCAUCCCCUACCCGUCGCUCAUCGCUACCAUCCUGCUGUACGCUGGGGUGGCACUGUUCUGCGGCUGCGGGCACGAGGCCCUCUCUGGGACCGUCACCAUCCUGCAGAACUACUUUGAGGUUGUCAGAGGACCCGUGGAUUCCUUGGACGUGUUCACCAUGAUUGACAUAAUCAAGUAUGUGAUCUAUGGCAUUGCCUCAGCGUUCUUUGUCUACGGUAUUCUGUUGAUGGUGGAGGGCUUCUUUACCAGCGGAGCCAUCAAGGACCUGUAUGGAGACUUCAAGAUCACCACCUGUGGACGUUGCGUCAGUGCUUGGUUUAUCAUGCUGACGUACAUCUUCAUGCUGGCUUGGCUCGGGGUAACAGCGUUCACCUCCCUCCCCGUCUUCAUGUACUUCAACAUCUGGACCAUUUGCCAAAACACCACUAUCCUGGAGGGUGCCACUCUGUGCUUGGACCCGCGCCAAUAUGGUAUUGUGCCAAUUGGGGAGGGGAAAACUGUAUGCGCUGGUUCUGAGAAGUUUUACAAAAUGUGUGAAUCAAAUGAGCUGGACAUGACAUUCCACCUGUUCAUUUGUGCCCUGGCUGGUGCUGGAGCAGCUGUCAUUGCUAUGAUCCACUACCUGAUGGUGCUGUCGGCCAACUGGGCCUACGUGAAGGACGCGUGUAGGAUGCAGAAGUAUGAGGACAUCAAGUCCAAAGAAGAGCAGGAGCUCCACGACAUCCACUCCACCCGCUCCAAGGAGCGUCUCAACGCCUACACAUAAGGCCAGUGUGAGGCCUGGCCCUGCCACCCUGCCCCCCUCCCCUCCUCUCCACCAUCCCCUAAAGAGGGGGUUGGGUGGUGCCCGGGGUCCUCGCCACCGCUGAUGUCACUGGUGCAUCAUAUGACAAAGUGGUCCGGGGGACCCUCAUACAACCCCCCCAAACAGCAUUUCAGAUGACGAGCCCCAUUACCACUCUCAUGGACUGCAUUAUUAUUAUUAUUAUUAUUAUCAUUAUUAUCAUCACCUGUAUUAUUGUGUUUUUUUAAAUAUUAUUUGGUAGUUUAGCACGUAGUAGAAUUAGAAGUAGAUAGCUGCAGUAUUUUUCGGAUACGUUGUUACUUUGGAGAACUUUCAUUUGGAUUUUUACAAGUUUUAUAGUUGCAUCAAGUGUCAUUAUUUUUUCCCCUUGUAUUAUUUAUUUCUCUUCAUUUUUGAGGUGGUCAGUUGGGGCUUAAACGGGUUUCAAGCACAUUUCUCAUGUUUGUGUGUCUAUAUAAAUAUCAUUUUAAAGAACUAUGUAAAUGGCUGGGUGAUCAGUUUUUAAUACUUUUUCAAUCACACAGGGGAACUUUUAAAGCUCCUGAAGCCUUUACAUACCAGUACUGCCAGGGAUCUAAAUAAUAACUUUGAAGUGAAAUAAAUUAGAAUCUUACUAGAAGUUUUUUUUUUUUUUCUCCAGUUACACGAUAGUGUUACCAAAUUUUUAUUAAAAAAUAUAUUAUUUACUAGCUGUGCCAAGCCUGUUAAACAGGAAACACUUAGAUCAAUAUCAAAUAAGACAUUUGUCCCCAAAAUGAUAAACAAUGGAUUCCUUUAUUACUAUAUGAGGCAUCUUGACAAUUUAAAGCUAUGUAUGUAAGGCAGGGCUCUCCAACCCUGUUCCUGGAGAGCUACCGUCCUGUAGGUUUUCACUCCAACAGUAAUCUAGCGCACCUGAAUUUAAUAAUUAGCUGGUUGAUCAGCUGCAUCAGAUUAGUUACAAAUAGGGUUGGAACAAAAACCUACAGGAGGGUAGCUAUCCAGGAACAGGGUUGGAGAACCCUGUUCCAAGAACUGUGAAUGAUUCCAUUGUCUGUAAUCAUACGCCACACAAGCACAUGCAAAUAUGUCCUCAUACCUCCUUUUUUAAUUUCAUAAAGUCAAACUUUAUAGAUACUGGUAUGAAACAAGUUUUUGCAGAUUUCUGCAUUGUAUAUAUUGAUAUAUAAAUGCAUACUUAUAUGUUUAGCACUUCAAAUUCAGGACAAUUCAUAAAAUAAUAAAAAUAAGUUACUGUGGUUGAAUCCACUAUUCAUCUCUCAGUCUUUCAAAAAAUCUUGACGCUAAAAAAAGUUGUUGGGAUAAAAUGUCACUUUUUGGUGGAUUUAUCAGACGUAAGAAAAGUGUUUGUCACACAGUAAGUUAUUUUGUUUAUGACAUUAAACGUUUGAUUUUCAUGCUUACACAUCAUUAUGCCAUAGGACUAUGAAGGUGGCCUACCAUUUCAUUGCCUGGCUAGUUUCGUGAACUUAUUUGACCAUUUCUGUGCUCUCUCUAGGUGUAAGCACAUUGCUGUUCAACUCAGAGUUGGAUAACUGUAAUGUUAGGUAAAGACUGUGAAUUUAGAUGUUUUUCGUGGCAUGGACAUGCAUUAAUGGUAUAGAAUUAUUAACUCAAAAGUCAUUUUAUUUACACUUUGCCUGUCUUGCUGGGUCAACCCUUUGUUAUGUGCAGUAAUAAACCCCCCACGCUAACAGCAUUAUGUUACUGAUAUUAGACUGUUUUGUUUGAGUUGUGUCUGUUUAGUUUGUGAUGAGCUAUCAACAAUGUCUUAAACUGAUUCUUGUGCCAAUGUAGCUCCUACAGUAAAUGACCUGACAAUGCUUUCGGCUUUAUCUUUUGUACUUUCACAAGAAUGCUUACUUACGUAGUAGCAGGCUUUCAAUUGAAAAAAUUUGCUUGCAUUAAUAAAAAUCACUUGUGUACUUGUUAAUAAAUA